UUGCAGCAAAAUUAAAGAAGUAAAUGGGCUGGAAAAGGAUUCCGCUGGAAGGCUGUGGGUGCUGGACAGAGGAAACUACUUUUGCAAAUCAAAAAUUUGGAUAAUCGAUUUGAACAACGAUCGCAUCGAACUGAUUCAUCAGUUUUCUUUUAACGACUGGAUGCACGACUUGGUACUCGACGAAACAAAAGAUGGAACCUUUGCCUACAUCUCGCGGUGGGAGGAACGAAACAUUGUCGUGUUUAGUUUGGCAAGAAAUGAAUCUUGGAUUGUGAAAACGCCAGGAAUUGAGGUUUUCUCCAUUGCCCUGUCCCCUGAGGAUCACGAGCCGAGACAGCUCUACUUCGGCCACUACUACUCCUUUGAACUGUUUUCAAUUUCCGUCGCCGCACUUCGCAGUGGGACUGGAACUGCAAAUCCGAAAAUAAUCGGAAAAUGGACUGCGAAACCUUACAGGUUGAUGAUAGACAACCACGGGACCAUGUAUGCCGCAUUUUUGUGGGAAAACUACAUUCUCUCUUGGAACACUUCCGAGCCAUUUCAGGAGAAGCGUUUUCAUAAGGUCACAGGAAUCUUUGCUAAUAGACAAUUUGCUUUUUCCUUGGAUCAAAAUGGAACUUUUUGGAUGACGGAGACAGAUGCAAAAAAAGAGCCGAGAUACAUGCUAAGGCUUUUGAAGACUGCAGUCGGAGAAAAAUCCUCCGAGGCUUUGCCAGUUGCGCAGGCCACCUCCCAGUUGCAGAAGAGAAGCAUCCAGACUGAAAAAUUGCCUUUCAAAGUCAUUCUUAUCUGCUCCGUCGUAUUUAACCUGAUCCUAUUGGGUUUGAUCAUCCUGAGAAAGAAGAGGAUCACCUGCGAGAGCGAUGAAAUGACCGUUUUGUAUGAAAACCACGGAUACGUCAAUUUGAGGCCCCGUUUCCCCUGAUCUUCAAGCAGCCGAAAAUUCCCAGGCAGCGACCGGCGAAGAAAAUGAUAGUGAUGCCUGCUAGAGCUGUGGAGCUUUGGAAAAUUUUGACUGGCCUGUCUUGAUCUAA